AUGCGGCCCCCAAACUUUUUAGGCGCAAUAGCAACAACAUAUCUCCUCACCUCAUUCGCACAAGCUGCACCUCGACCCAACGAAGAACCCGCCGCUGCCCCAAUAGAAGAACUCAAGCCCUCCUUUCCCCCGCACAAAAUCAACGUCAAACGCGACGAUACGAAAUACUUUCACGAGCCGGGAGGAAAUGAUAUCUUAGGACACUACGACAUACGAUAUUUCCAAGGAGACCCCGUCACCUACGAAGUCAAGCAAGAUUCGCUACAACACCUCGUGCGGUCCUACCUCACCACGUUCCGCGAACGCAACAUUGAAACAUGGGUUGCGCACGGCACACUAUUGGGAUGGUGGUGGAAUGGCAAAAUCAUGCCGUGGGAUUGGGAUUUAGACACGCAGGUCUCGUCUGCGACGCUGGCGUGGCUGGGCGAAAAUAUGAAUAUGACAAUGCAUAACUAUACGGGACGAGCGGACGAUGGAUCGGAAAUCAUGCGCGAGUAUUUGUUGGAUAUUAAUCCGAAUCAUGUGGAGAGGGUCCGCGGCGAUGGCAUGAAUGUUAUUGAUGCGCGCUGGAUCGAUGUGAGGAAUGGCUUGUUUAUUGAUAUUACGGGCCUGGCCGAGGUCAACCCGAGUACGCAGCCGGGCAUCUGGAGUUGUAAGAAUUAUCAUCGUUAUCGUACGAGGGAUAUUUAUCCGUUGAGAGAGACGGAGUUUGAGGGCGUGCCGGCUUUGGUGCCGUAUAGUUUUGAUAGGGUGCUUACGGAUGAGUAUAGUCCGAGGGCUUUAACGAAGACGUUGCAUGAGGGCCAUCGAUGGAACCCCUCGCAAAAAGAAUGGAUACCCGAAACGCCCAUCAGCAUCCACGAAAACAAUAACGAGAACAAUAACGAGAACAAUAACGAGAACGAGAACGAAAGCGAGAACGAAAGCGAGAAUGAGAAACGACAAGAAAAUCCAAGUCCAAUCCCAUACCCAAAUCUCGACCAAGAUCUUGAACAAGUCCAAGAUCAAGAUCAAAGUCAUCCGCAUAUACCUCGUAGUAUUCAAUCGGAUGAACAUCCGAAGGCUGGGUUGAGGAAUUUGCUGAAUAUUUUGUGA